AAAAGCAGAGGCAGCUGAAUCUGCACAGAGGGUCCUGACUCAGCCCAGAGUGGGAGGGGAGGGGGCUGCACAGCUGGUUGGGGUGAACCAGGGGGGUCUGGUGGGCACCCCAUGGGCAGAACAAGAGGAUUUGGGACUGGGGGAAGUCACCUGGGAAUCCCAUCCUGGCCGUGCUAGAAGAUCCCCCUGGGCAGAUGGGGACAACUUGAUUCCAAAGCAGGAACACACGGCUGCCUGGGUGUGACUACUAAUAAUUAAUUAAUGCAUUAAUUUUAUAAGGGUGUCUGUGGUGGCUAAGGCAUCACUGGACAUUUUGGAUUGGUCACCUUUCCAAAAUCCCAAAGCAAAGGUGUGGGACAGGGCCGGGUCAGUGGCCGGUAAAUGAAGUGCUGUCGCUAACGAGACAAUCCCAAAGGAUGGAUUGAUCUGCUCGUCAAUCCCUGCACCAGCAGCCAGCUUUCCCUGCUGUUGAUGUCCCACGGAUGUGAUGCUCCGUCCAGAGGGAACGCGCCUCCCGAGGGAUUCACCCUCCAGCCAAGUGCUCGGUCCCGGCACAUCCCGCAGGGACGUGGGUGCUGCCAGCCCUCCACAGAUCCCCCAGACCCCAAAUCUUCGUCCCCUCCUGGCAUUUUUCUGCUCCUUUUUCCGCUGUCAUCGGGACCAGCGUCAGGCCAACACUGACAUCAAGUGGCUGCCGGGAUCCCUCGCGUUCCUGGGCUGUCUCCUCUCUGCUCUCUCCGUGUGUCGGGAGCUGCCCAGCGCCUCAUCCUGCCCCGGAGCGGGACGGAGCGGCUCAGCCGCAGGUGCAGGGUGUUCAUGGCAGCUCUCGGGAUGCAUCCAGCCGUGCUCCAUCUGCCUGACCCCAGGCAGGCCACCCCCGUGUCCUAUCCUGUCCCCGGCAGUCGAUAUCCCAGCGGGGUCGAGCCGAGCGCUGGCGGCACCGCCGAGCCCGGAGCAUCCACACAUCCCUGAGCCUCGGGAGCCGGGGGGGGACCCUCGCCCACGGCAAGGUCGUGGCGACACAGGCACAGAGAGGUCGUGGUGACCCCGCCACUGCCCUGGGGACAUUUGUCCCCUACUCCCUGGCGGAGGCCGUGGACUUUGUGCCGAGGCUGGGAGCGGCACUGGGACGCGUCUGGCGGUGCUGGCACAGCCCCAAACCUGCCCGAGACCCGGCUCCGGACAGCAGGUAACCCCAGGUGACAAACCCUCUGCCCCAGCUGCUGUGCCACCAGGCUCUCCGGGGAUUUCGGGUCCCUGUGCAGUGCCACUGCCUGAUCCCCGGGUCUGGAGUCAGCUCCGGGAGGAAAUCUGGGUGUUCUUCCCUUUUUAAAUCUGGGCCGAGGGCAGCACCGGGCGCCAGAGCGGCUGCACUCUCCUGCUUUGGGGGGAUAAAAGCUGGGAAACACAUUUUUCCUCCAAACCACCUACUUUGGAGGCCUGGAGAAGUUUAGCAAUUUCCCAUUCCCCUUCACCCCCUCUUCCCUGAAGCCUAAGCCCGGGGCUGUGCUGGGAGCAGCGCUGGCUCCGCUGGGAUAUUGGCUGCAGGUGGAGCAGGGAAGGGGGGGCAGGUGUGGGUGCUCAGCCCGUCUGCAGGAACCCACCCAUGGGGUGGGACUGAGGCGGGGGUUGGCUGGGGCUGACUGGGCUGCGGAUUUAACCCGUGAGAGGCCACAGAUCCUUUAUAGGGGCUGAGAGGGAGGAGCAGAGGGUCUGUGCUGUGUAAUGAGGUGUGUUAGGUCUCUACAGCCCCCCUAUCCUGGGGCUCCUCUGCCUUACCUCUGUGUUGCAAACCUGUGGCCCUGUGUGGUGCCAAAUGGGGUGUUGGGGCAUGGUCUGGGGACAGCUCAGGAGUGGUGGGGGUUGUUUAUCCCCCAAGUCCGGAAGCGCCCUGCUGGGAAGGAAAGGGAGGGGAAAAUCAGUGCUGUUCCGAGCACUGGAGUGGGAGGAAUACUCCCAGCUGUACCCCGAGACAUCCCUGUAUGUGUGGUACCAGUUCUCCUCAACCUCCAGCAUCACUCCUUCCCUGCCUCCCCAGCGGUUCUGCAGUGACUGGGAAAGGUCAGGGACCUGCAGGUGACCUGGGACAGGAGGGACUGAGCAGUAACAGGCAGAAGGUGCAGAGCCCCAGAGAGCAGCUGGAGCAGAGACACAGCCAUCCCCUGUCCCAGCUUGGGGCUGCCAGAGCCUGGGGACACAUCCAGUACCUGUCCUGACUGUGCCAGCACCCCGUGAGGAGCCGGUGGCACCACCAUGUCCCAGGCAGGAGGAGCUGAGGAGGCCUUUGAACACCGUGAUGUGGUCAUCAACAGCCAGGACAAGGUCUCAGAUCUGUACACACAGCUGGAGAAGCUGGGGGAGGGGAAAUUCGGGACAGUGUACAGGCUGCAGGAAAAGGCCACCAGCAAAAUCCGGGCUGGCAAAUAUUUCCGGACACGCACAGCAAAGGAGAAGCAGGCAGCUCGGGCUGAGGUGGAGCUGAUGAACCUCCUGCAUCACCCACGCCUCGUGCAGUGCCUCGACGCCUUCCAGGGCCCCACCGAGCUGGUGAUGGUGAUGGAGUAUGUGGCAGGUGGGGAGCUCUUUGAGCGCAUCGUGGACGAUGACUUUGAGCACACAGAGCCCAGCAGUGCCCAGUAUGUGCAGCAGAUCCUGGAGGGGCUGCAGUUCAUGCACAGCCAGGCCAUCGUCCACCUUGACCUCAAACCCGAGAACAUUGUCUGUGUCAGCCCCAGCAGCCACUGGAUCAAGAUCAUUGACUUUGGCUUGGCACGGAAGCUGGCUCCAGACACCCCUGUGAAGGUGUUGCACGGCACCCCUGAAUUCAUGGCUCCAGAAGUGGUCGCCUUUGAGCCUGUGAGCCUCUCCACAGACAUGUGGAGUGUUGGUGUCAUCUCCUACAUCCUGCUGAGUGGGGAGUCACCCUUCCAGGGGGACACUGACAUGGAGACACUGAGCAAUGUCACAGCUGCCCAGUGGGACUUUGAGGAGGAGACCUUCUCUGAGAUCUCCCAGCAAGCCAAGGACUUCAUCAGCCAGCUGCUGCAGAAGGACCCUCGCCGGCGGCUCCCCAGUGCAGGGGCUCUGCUGCACCCCUGGCUGCAGCACCCCCAGCCCAGCAGCCCCAAGGCUCUGUCCAAGGAGAGGAUCCGGCAGUUCCUGGCGCGUCGGAAGUGGCAGAAAACAGGGAAAGCCCUGCUGGCUCUCAAGAGACUGACCCUGCUGUCCCAGAGCCUGGAGGGGAAGGUGUCCGAGGCUCAGGAUGAGGAAGGCCUGGAGAAGGAACAGCCCUCUGGGGCUCUGCCCCAGCAAGGUCCCAACCCCUUGGAGCUGCUGCCAGAGCAGGAGGAGGAGGAUGGUGGGAGCACUGCAGCCUCAGGGCAGUGACAGUCCCAUCCUGGACCCCCUGGAGAUGGGGAUGGUGCCUCCCACAGUGACCUGGCCAGCCUGGGGCAGAUCCAGAGCCCCCUGCCGUGGGUGAGCUCUGGGGUCCCAUGGUGUCCCUGUGCUGCUGUCCCUGCAAGGCACCUGCCACCAAUAAAGCACUGACAAUCUGCACUCCCUGUGCUGCUCCUCUUUUCCCCAAACUCACUGGGAGAGGUAGGAAAGAGCUGCUCGAGCUGUGCCCAUCCUUUGGGAGCUGGGAUCAGGCUCUUGCCCACCUGGCCCACCAGCCUUGUCCUCUCCAGGAGUGAAGAUGGCCCUGGGCACAGCAGCCGUGGGUAUUCCUUGCUCAGAAGAGUAUUAUUUCCUUAUCAGGGGGGUUUGCAUUAUGUCCUGAGCUCACAUGAGCCAGGAGGAGCCUUGAGGCCUCUGGUCUCUCCAUUUCUGGGCCAACUCUGGCACUGGUAGGGUUGGGAACUGCUGUGGGACCUCCAGCUUUGGCCUAAGGAGGCAGAACUCUGUGUUUGGGAGCCCUGGGGAAGAACAGGCAGCACCAGGAUGUGCUGGGGGACAUCCAGCUGGGACUGGAUUGGGGUUCUUGCUGGGCACUGAGGUGACCAUGAACCAUCAGUGUGCCCUUGGUCAAGGGUGGUGAAUGGGACCCUGGGCUGCAGGAGAAGGGAGAGAUCGUUCCCAAACUCAGUGACUCCACUCCUGCAGGACUGUGCUGUGUUCUGGGCACCCCACUACAACAGUGACAUGGACACAGGGGACAGGUUAAUGAAAGAUGAGGGAAAAUCUGGAGUUCCUCAGCCACAAGGAUUGGCUGGGAGAGCUCUCAGCAGUGCCCAAAGUCCAUGGGCACCACCUGAAACACCAUUUGAACCUCAGAAAAACACUUUACUGCUGAUGGAGUACUGUCACAGGCUGCCCAGGGAGGUUGUGUGCUCUUCAUCCUCACAGAUAUUCAAAAUCUGUCUAGACAGAGUCCUGUGGCUCUUCCUGGAGCAGAGAUGUGGACCAGGUGCCCUCCAGAGGCUCCUUCCAGCAUUUACCACUGUGUGAUUCCAUUAAAACCCUGAAUAAAAUCUGCUGAAUCUGGGCUGGGGGCUGCUCUCCUCCAACCCCUCCUGGAGGUGCCCUGGUUGGAGCAGCCCAGGCCUGUGCCCGGUGCCAGGGUCCAGCUGUGCUAAAUAAUGCACAGCUUCAACCCUUCCUCCUCCUCUUCCUGGAGCAG